GAAGAAGACAGAUAUUUGUAUACCUAGAAGACAAAAAAAAGAGAGAGAAAACAAAAGAUGGAUGAUGUUAUACCACAGUCUGAGAGCCAGAGCAUGAUGACUCCUUCAAAUCAUAGCUCAAAUGGUGAAGAAGCUAAAGGUGGUGAAGGGGGAGCAGGAAAUGGGGUCAUCAGCAAGCUGAAGAUCCCUACUUUGAGCUCUGGAGCUGAACAAAAUGGUGGAGAUAGAGAAGGCGGUGGAGAUGAUGAAAAGAGUGGUGGGCUUAUUACCAGCUUCAUCUCCAACUUGGUUUCACCGAGGAGUACUAAAUCUGGGGAGUUUACUAAGCGAAAAGUGGAAGAUGAAGUUGAAGCUGGUGAAAUAGCAAAUGAUAAGACAGAGCAAGAUGUGGGUGAAAAUGGUGGAGGGGUGAUUUCAAAUAUCAUUUCCAACUUCUUUAAUCCAAAUGAGGAAGAGAAAGAAGGAGAUAAUGUGAAAGAUAGUGGAAAUAAAAGGCAGAAGAUGGAUGAGGAGGAAGGUGGUAAAGGAGGCCUAAUUGAUAACAUUGUCUCUCACUUGCCUACAUCAAUUCCAGAUGAUGCAGCUCCAACAACUGAUGAGGCCUCCAUUCUUAUUCACUCCCUCGUCAAAGAUUAAGCUAGCAGAUCAUGUUUGCCUCUACUCACUGACUACAACAUGUGGCUGAUGUUUCUUUGUUGUAUUUUCAUGUUGUUGCUGUUGUUGAAUUGUCAUUGUUGUUAAUUUGUAAGUAGAUUCCUUCAAUGAAUUGAGUAUUCAAAGCUACAUGUUUCAAGAGCCUCUCUGUUUUCAGAGGCCUCCAACUAUGGUCUUAGCAUAAUUACCUAUCUAGCAAUUCUUUGCACAAUUUAUCUGUAGUAAACAGUGUAAACUACAUCACUUUGCAGAUAAACUAUAAAAUUGCUUCUAGAA